UCAGUCCUUUCUCUUGAGGCGGCGAGAAGGGAAGCUAGAAACCAUGUCGACUUGCAGGUUCCUGCUGAGCAAUGGCGUCAUUUCUCAGUCCUCCGAUGCUCCCACCGUCGCUUCCUUCCUCGAAACCCAUCCGGGGGCGUACACGACCACUCGGACUCACAACGAUGGUUCCUGCAUCUUGUUCUGGGGGAGGCACCUGAACAGGCUGAUCAACUCCGCGAAGAUCCUGUUGAAUUCGGAGCCGCGGUUUCUGUUCGGAUCAAGCUGGCCUGUGGAUGCGUCGUCCGCGUCGUCGAUGGCCCUGUCAGUGUGGGAACCGGGCAUUCCGGAUUUGGUUAAUGAGUCGACGAGGAAGGUGCUGCCUCGCGCGAUGAGAGAUAGAGAAAUGGGGCAGGAAUUGGCCAUCACGGUUUUGCUUAGUGGGAAUUUGGAGAGUUUGAGGAAAUCUGUGCAUGUGGGUAGAAAGAGGGUCGAUUGUGUUCUCGAUGUUCAUGUUCAUGUCAGUGCUUAUGUUCCCCCUGUGUUUGGUGCUGGGCAAAGCGGCGCACGAUUGGCUUUGGUGGGAAGAGGGAGGAGUGUCGCUGCCGCAAAGUAUUCGGAUUGGGUAAGGCUCAGGAAGCCUCUGGAGCAGUUGAGGCCUCCUUCUGUGACUGAGCUAUUGCUGUCAGAUGAUGGUGAUCAUAUACUUGAGGGAACUAUAACUAACUUUUUCAUUGUCUGCCGCAAGGACAAUGGUGAAGACAAUGGGAAAGGUGUGCAUUCAGGGACGAAUGUUUAUUCCUCUCUUGAAGUGCAGACAGCUCCUGUAAGUGAUGGUGUCCUUCCUGGUGUUCUAAGGCAACUUGUGAUCGAAGUAUGCUUGAGCAAGGGAAUUCCAUUUCGAGAAGUGGCACCUUCGUGGUCAAUGCAUGGGCUUUGGGAAGAGGCCUUUAUCACGAAUGGUUUGAGGCUUCUGCAGCAUGUGGAUGCAAUUCUAGUUCCAAGUGAAUAUGCGUCACUAGAAUCAAGGACCUACAAAGAGGUGUCCUGGAAAGAGAAGCAGUUUCAGGAUGGUCCAGGGAUGAUCACGAGAAUGAUCCAGGACCAGAAGGAGAUCAUGGAGAAAGCAAUGUUAGAAGGGCACUUGUUGGAUUCAUCAUGAGCCUUCCUAAGCCAAAAAGAAAUGCUUCCGAAUGUCCCGCAUCUGUCAACUCGAAAUGAUCUAAGAGUGAUGGAUCUACUGAUUCCAAAUGCGGAAGAGCGGCAUACAAUCGCGAUGAUUUCACUUUUGCCUUAUGAUCUGUGUUACCAUAAGGGAUUUCAGACAUUAUGUUUUGAACGAUUCUUGGUCUGCCGUUGGGGAACCAGAUGAUCUGAGGAACAGCAUGACAUCGCAGUAAACCCCUCCUGGGAACUCUACUUCAUCCCUUGGAUGGGUGCUGAGAACCGGAGCCAUUCUCGGGAGCGAGCAAUCAUGUGAGGAUGUCGCGUGCCGGCUUCAUUAGACGCAGCAUCGCGGACCCUCGAAAGAAAGAACGGAACGCUGCCUCUUCUUUGUGUGCUUUACUGAGAUGAGUGUAACAAGAACCUAUCUCCAAAUCAAAGAUUUUAGAGAUUGUAUCUUUC